AUGACGACUGCUCUCUUCACCCUCGCCUCUCUGGCGCCAGCGAUCGCAAACGCAGUAGCGCUGUUAAGAGCGACACCAGAGCCUACACAUUUCGUCCCUUCAAUGGAUAUAUGGAAUCCCGCGCCAACAGCAGCAGCGCAGCUGCCCUUGUCUCUAUUCAAGCGCCAGGCCAGUGGACACGAUUACACAUGCGGAUUCGUCUCCGGAUCGCCAGACAGCCCAGUAACAUGCGAAAACCCGACUCAGACAUGCGCAACAAACACCUACUUCGGCAUCCACGGCUGCUGCGACCCAGCGUCAAACACCCCCUGCACACUCCCCACUUCCUGCAUCGCAUUCACCGCUAUGACCGCCUCAUGCACAGAAACCGCUUGCUCAUCUAACGAGGCAAUUGUAAAAUGUACCUCGAGCACCGCACAAGAAUGCUACGAGUGGAACUUCAUCUACGACAACAUGGUAAUGACACAGCAUGGUUGCGCCGAAACAGCUUUUACCAGCACUGCGUAUCGUUCCCCGGGUAUGAGGAUGUUGUCAUCGAGUAAUAAGGAAACAGAAGAAAGAGAAACUGUUACCGCGACUGUGACUAUGAGGGAAAUUAUUUCCGGAAUUCCUACUCUUCCUGCUGUAGCGGAAGACAAAGACACAACGACUUCUUCUGAAGGGAGGAAAACUAGCUUGGAGGCAGUGAUAGGGGGUACAGUUGGUGCUUGCGUCUUUGUUUGUUUCCUUGCUUUUGUGGUUUUUCUGGCGUGGAGGCGGCGGAGGAAUUUGAAGGGGCAAAAUACGCAAUGCUAUCAGCAGCAGCAGUCAAUGGUGGAAUAUCAUGCUGCUGUGUAUGAAGAUACAGACAAGGCUUGGGAUCAGCAGUGUGGGGUGGUGGCAUGUGAGAGGGAGAUUUGCAUGGGGGAUGGCGUGGGUGUUGUUGAGAUGGAUGGAACACAGAGACCCGUUGAAGCGCCGACAAGAGAGAAGUGA